AUGGAACCAGCAGUGCUAAACGCCACUCUGCCGAUUAAGGUGUUCUGCGGAGUCUUUCGCGCAGCGAGGGUGCUAUCGGUGGAGACAGAGUUCAACGCGGACGUGGGGAAUGUGCGAGAUGCGCUUGGUGACAAAUUGGAUAUUCGUCCUCGCGAGUUGAAUUUGUACUUGGCGAAGAAGAAUGGUCAGUGGGUGAAGGCUGACGAGAAGUUGGAGGAUUUCUUACUGCGCGGCAAGUCUGGUGACUUGGAGCUUCAGAGAGUUUGGCCACGACUAAAAUUGUCGACGUUCUUUGAGCCAAAAUCUGGAGGGAUUCACCUGCUGGUGGAACCUCCGCAACACCACACGUACAUAAGGAAACACCCGAGCUUGCAUAAACUAUCGCUGCCGGAUUUCAAGAAAAGCUGCAAUAAAAGCGGAUUAUUGCCGCAAACAGGGGACUUUUUGAAGUUAUUUGAGUGGGACGACAGUGAUUGCGGAGACGUGAAGGACAUUCGAGCGAUCGGAGAGAUCUUGGGUUUUACUGGUUCCCAGUUCUACAUUCGCAAGGAGAUUCUUUGUGUGUUGGCGAGUUUCAAGAAGAUUUUUUACAAGAAGCUGACGGACACGAAUACAAAGCUUGGAGAACAGUUCAUUUUAAUGGGAAGUCCUGGAACGGGCAAGAGCUGCAUCGUGGCGUUGAUCUGUUUCUAUUUCGCAAUUGAAAAGAACGCGCCAGUUGUAUGGCACCGCAAGAGCGACACUAUGAACGGCGGCCUAGCUGUUACGCGUUUGUUUGACCAAGGCAACUACUACGAGUGGAUCGACUUAGCUGGACACGCGUAUUACACCCUUGUGUACGACUCCCACAGAGGGGACGAUCACCAUCGUCGGUGGGUUUGCCUCGACGGCUUUACCCAGAGGGAAGUUAAACGUAGAGACUGGGGCACAUGCUAUUCGCUAUUAGCGGUCUCUGGACAGUUCGACUACGAUCCCUUUGUGCAACAAAUGGGUCUGUUGCCAUACGGGAGGCGAGACGAAUUGGAGGAUUUGGCUAAAAAGCUCGAGGGUCUAGACGAGAGCGAAUUUGCCAGUCGGUAUUUCGUGUCAGGUGGAAACCUUCGCGACUUUUUGCUGCCGGUUGCUGAAUCCCGCCAACUUGUAGAAGCGUCGAUGUGUCGUCUUACUUGUGAGGACGCGAACGCACUGCUUUCCGAGUAUAAAUCCAGCUUGAACGAAGAGUUUGAUCGCAUUCGCAUGAUGGGGGUGCCGGAUACUACAAACGUGGAGCAGUAUAUUGAUCCUUUUUGCGGAUUGAUGACUACGUCGCGGUGA